UCUCUCUCUCUCUGUGUGAAAAACUCCCGCACAUCAUCACUCCUUCCCAUUUCCCAUACACCCCACCCACACACACACACACACAAACAAACAAACACCAGUUACACGAACACAAAAAUACAAUCACAAGCACAAAUCACCCUUUCUUAUUCGGGCAUAUAUUCCCAAUUCUCUCUUUUCUUUUUCUUUUUCUUUUUUUCACUGAAAAAUCUCUAUCAUACUCUUUCCGUCCCCUAGGGUUAGGGUUUUCCCACAGCGCCCAUUUGCAUCUCUAAUGCCCCAUCCGCACUCGCUUGGAUUCCGCAAACCUCAAUGUACGGACACGCCCAGUCCCUGAACAUGUCCAACCAGAUCGCCGCGUCCGCCGACGAAGACGACGUCUCCGGCGCCGGCGCCGAGUCGAUCGACAACUCCCACAUUCGCUACGAUGCCCCCUCCCUCGAAGACACUGCCGGCGCAGUGGUUGAAGUCGUCGAAGACGUCGCCUCUGACGCCGUGUACGGUCAAGGUGGUGGUGGUGGAGCGGCGGAGAUGGCGAUUCAGCGUCACGACGGCACCAGCCAGCUCACGCUCUCAUUUCGUGGCCAAGUCUAUGUAUUCGACUCUGUUACCCCCGACAAGGUUCAAGCGGUGUUACUACUGUUGGGGGGCUGUGAGCUAUCUUCGGGGCCACAAGGAGAUAUGUUGCCUCAGAACCAGAGAGGCGGUGCGAUGGACUAUCCUGUAAGUAGUCAACCACACAGAGCUGCCUCGUUAAAUAGGUUCCGCCAGAAGAGAAAAGAGCGAUGCUUCGAUAAGAAAGUUAGAUAUAGUGUCCGUCAAGAGGUGGCGCUCAGGAUGCAGCGCAAUAAGGGUCAAUUUACUUCUUCCAAAAAGUCUGAAGGAGAUUAUAAUUGGGGUACUGUCCAGGAGUCGGGGCAAGAUGAUAGCCCACCAGAAGCCUCAUGUACACAUUGCGGCGUAAGUUCAAAGUCCACCCCAAUGAUGCGGCGGGGUCCAUCUGGUCCAAGGUCUCUUUGCAAUGCCUGUGGACUUUUUUGGGCAAACAGGGGGACUUUGAGGGAUCUUUCCAAGAAAACCCAGGAUCAUUCGCUCACUGUGGCUGAGCAGGGUGAAGGUGAAGCUCAUUCGGACUGUGGAACUGGAAUUCAUACAAACACAAACAACAAUCUUGUUACUUUCUCUAAUGGUGAUAAUAAGUCAGCUUUAAUGGCUGAGCACUGAGUGUUGGGAGUUAUCUUAACAAAAGCAGGCCAUAGCAGUUGCCUCUGGCAUCAUUCAAGUAGGUUUUCUAGUAAUUUCAUUUGUCUUGUCCAUCCAAUGUACAGAUGUAAUAGUGCCGUCAUCUAUCAAUACAAUAGGGUUAUCUCUUA